AUGAGCCUGGGCCCCAGUGCUGCUCCGAGGACCACCUGUGUGACCCUGGACAGCGGCCUGACCUCAGUGGGCCUCGGUUUCCACAUUUCUAUUAUGAGCAUUUCCACGCGCCGGGGUUCAGAGCAGCGGCAGCAGCGGCCGCGGCCACAUCUCCGGCGCCGGCGCCUCCCGCUCCCUCUCCGGCCCCGCUCGGCCCCGCGCUCUCGGGCCCCGCGCCCCGACCCCGCCGCCGCGCCUGCCGGGGGCCUCGGGCGCCCCCCCGCCCGCCUCACGCUGAAGUUCCUGGCCGUGCUGCUGGCCGCGGGCAUGCUGGCGUUCCUCGGUGCCGUCAUCUGCAUCAUCGCCAGCGUGCCCCUGGCGGCCAGCCGGGCGCGGGCGCUGCCCGCGGGCGCCGACAACGCCUCGGGCGCCGCCGCCGCGUCCCCGGGCCCGCAGCGCAGCCUGAGCGCCCUGCACGGCGCGGGCGGCUCGGCCGGGCCCCCGGCGCUGCCCGGGGCGCCGGCGGCCAGCGCGCUCCCGCUGCCGCCGCUGCCCCUCUUCGGCCGCUUCCUGUGCACCCCGCUGGCCGCCGCCUGCCCGUCGGGGGGCGAGCCGGGCGACGCGGCGCCGGGCGAGCGCGAGGAGCUGCUGCUGCUGCAGAGCGCGGCCGAGCAGCUGCGCCAGACGGCGCUGCAGCAGGAGGCGCGCAUCCGCGCGGACCAGGACAUCAUCCGCGAGCUCACGGGCAAGCUGGGCCGCUGCGAGAGCGGCCUCCAGGACGCCGGGCCGCGCCGCGACACCAUGGCCGACGGGCCCGGCGACUCGCCCGUGCUCUUCCUGGAGCUGGAGGACGCGGUGCGCGCCCUCCGGGACCGCAUCGACCGCCUCGAGCAGGAGCUCCCAGCCCGCGUGAACUUCUCAGCUGCGCCCGCCCCUGCGCCCGUGGUGCCCACCGCCCUGCACUCCAAGAUGGACAAGCUGGAGGGGCAGCUGCUGGCCAAGGUGCUGGCCCUGGAGAAGGAGCGCGUGGCCCUCAGUCACAGCAGCCACCAGCAGCGGCAGGAGGUGGAGAAGGAGCUGGACGCCCUGCAGGGCCGCAUAGCCGGACUGGAGCACGGGUCCUCAGCCUACAGCCCUCCCGACGCCUUCAAGAUCAGCAUCCCCAUUCGCAACAACUACAUGUACGCCCGCGUGCGGAAGGCACUGCCCGAGCUCUACGCCUUCACCGUCUGCAUGUGGCUGCGGUCCAGGUCGGGCAGCGCCGGCCAGGGCACCCCCUUCUCCUACUCGGUGCCGGGGCAGGCCAAUGAGAUCGUGCUGCUGGAGGCCGGCCCCGACCCCAUGGAGCUGCUGAUCAACGACAAGGUGGCCCAGCUGCCCCUGAGCCUGAAGGACAACGGCUGGCACCACAUCUGCAUCGCCUGGACCACGAGAGAUGGCCUGUGGUCUGCCUACCAGGACGGGGAGCUGCGGGGCUCCGGUGAGAACCUGGCUGCCUGGCACCCCAUCAAGCCUCAUGGGAUCCUUAUUCUGGGCCAAGAACAGGAUACUCUGGGAGGUCGAUUUGAUGCCACCCAGGCCUUCGUGGGUGACAUUGCCCAGUUUAACCUGUGGGACCACGCCCUGACACCUGCCCAGGUUCUGGGCAUCGCCAACUGUACUGGGCCGCUGCUGGGCAACGUCCUUCCCUGGGAAGACAAGCUGGUGGAGGCCUUUGGGGGUGCAACGAAGACCGCCUUUGAUAUCUGCAAGGGGAGGGCUAGGGCAUGAGGGGCCACUUCGUCCAGGGCCCCUCCCUUGCCUGCC